AAGACCAGACCAGACCAGACGAGACGAGGACAGGGCAGGGCAGGGCAGGGCAUCUGCAUUCCCAUUAGGUCUUAUUGGCAGGAUAUGAUUUGGUUUCCUCGGUGCAAAUGAUUUAGAGUUUGCUUUUAUUUAAAACGAUUUGCAAAACAGCUUAUUUUAUUCGGGGAUGAAAAAGUCCCAAGUGCGAGAUAACCUGAAGUACGGAAAACGAGCAAUCUAGAGCUGCUAGGCUGAUGUCUUUUGAUUCAUAACACUCCUUAAGUAUUUUGCUGUAGUUGUAUUAAAUCUGGGUUUUGCACUUGCGAAUGUGCAUAGUUUUUCAUUCUUUUACUUCAGCUGUCACCGAUACCUCCACCAGAGGAUGAGGCUGUGUUUGAGCGGUGCCGAGGCAACGCCUGCUGCCUGGUGCUUGCAAACCGCUACAGCAGUCCUUUUACAAAUAGCGCUUCCGUCAUUUUAACAAAAGCAUGAAGUUUGGAUCAACAAUUCUAAUUUUACGAAAAAGCAGUCUAACCAGUAUGAGCUAGCUAAUGACAAACGUCGAACGAGAGACGGAGUCAUGGCUAUUAGCCUACACUGUGCAAGUGUUUAUUUAAGCUUAGUAGUAGUAGUAGUAGUAGUAGUAGUAUGAGUAGUAAAAAAUAGUAUAUAGUGGUAAUAGUGUUCCUAAAUCACACUAAAGUUUAAAUAUUGCAUGUCGAAAAAUUAAUUCUAAACUAACGUUUCACAAAGCAGUUUAUAAAUAUACACAUUCAUUUUACAAUUUGUGGAAGGCAACCGAUCCAGGCAGGAUCUGGUACGUGGCAAGAACCAGUCCUGGACGAUGGGCCAGAUCGGCCUAUGGCCUAGUUACGUACGCAUCAUCACACACUAACAUAGGGAAAUAUUACAGUUAACCCAAUACGUUUUUUUGAUGUGGGAGGAGGUGUAGAUCAGAAAAACAACAAAGAAUACGUACUCGAAGUACACUCUAUUUAGCGAGAGCGAUGUUGCUUAAACUUCUUGCAUUUACCUUUGUUUUGUACCGUUACGGUAUAUUGGGAACUUAAGAUUUCGGUAACAAAUUAACUAAGCAUUGUAAUAUACACUAUGAUGUCAUUUUAGCGCUCCUUAAAGCGAAAUUAAAACUGUCCGCCAGUCCUUAUAAUGGCGAUUUGACGUAUGCGACGUGCUAUUACCAGAGAGACGUAGUAACGUAUUCUUUCAUUGGUCGCUACUGCCGGUGAGCUGCGUGAGCGCGAUAAUAAGUAGUUCUUAAAGGAACGUGAGUUAAAUAAUUCUGAAAGUAUUAACUUUCACAGAAAAACAUAAGAUUGACAUACUUGAUUUAAAACACUUUAAAAUUAUGUCAAAACUGUCAGCUAGCUUUUUCUUCGUUUAGGUAAGGAAAUUAUUAAAUCUAUGUAAAUUAGCUUUUCGCUUUCUUUAAAUUAUCAGUUAUUGUUGUUUAUAUGUUUGCGCAUCAAAAUAAGAGACGCCAUGAAGUUGAGGAAACGUCGGCAGAGAUUAACCAACCAACAAAACGAGUCUGUAUUGAUUUUGGAAACGCAGGUGGUAUUCAGGUUCAGGAAUACCCAAUGGAAACCUGGGACAUGCAAGAAAGUGUUCAAGACAUGGCUCAUCUGGGCAAUAUAGUUUCACCAAGUUUCACACUUAAUUCUUAUCCUUAUAUGGUCAGUAGAAAUUCAAACUCUGGACCUUGUCUACGAUGUCUUGCAGGAGAAUCUGGUCACAUUAACCACUUAAUGAAGAUCUGACCUGGUUUCUGUUGUUCAUUCAUUCACAAUGCUGCUGCAGUAUUGGGCUGUUGGGAGAAUCUCCAGUUUAUUUUUUUCCAUAUAAAGUCAAUGAAAUGAACUCUUAAUAUUUUGAAACAAGGAUAUGAAAUUAACAGCACCAUAAAAUAGCUAUCAUGACUUGCAUUUAUUUUAUAUAUAUAUAUAUA